AUGGCGGAACUUGCGGCAAUCCUACCUGUCGUCUCUCGCAGCUCCAGUCUUGCGCUAGAGCUGUAUCGAGUCGCCGCCUCAACCCAGGACGUUGCGGGCGAUUAUAUCAAGGUCGCGAAAACAAUCAACGGGUUUGCUUCAAUCACGAAGCAAGUAGGAGCUUUGAUCACCGAAGAUGACCGUCUACCUUCGUAUGAGGCUCAUGAGAUUCUGGAAAAUGUCAUGGAGCAAUCCGGAUCGGUUUUUACAGAAAUAGAGUCGAUCACCUCUGCUCGAAAUGGCAGCAAGAAUGGCUCUCGUUACGAUCGAAACGGACAGGCCCGACGAAAUUCUGUGGUUUGGCCAAGGUUAGAGUAUCUUACAGCUCACCUCGAAACUUUGAGGACAACCUUGUCAGUCCUGUUGCAGACGCUGUACACAGCGCAGAGCAUCAUGUGGUCAAAGUUGCGUCCGACAGUAUCGCCACAGCAGGCGGCAAGAGCAGUAGCGAACGAGAAGAUGCAGCUGGAAACGCUCAUCAUCGAACAACAGAUAUCAAUUCUAGUCGCCUCAAAACUUUACGAACAAGCGCCAAGCCCGGAUGAUCGGAUGUUGAUGGAGAGUGACAGCUCUCAAAGCCUUGCCGCUAUAGGCCGUGGAAGCACAAUACCAAACCCAUCUUACCUACACCGAUACCACGACACUUAUCUCGCAAGUCUUAACAUUGCAGGCUCUGUCGAGGACGGAUACCUACCAGCGGCAUGCAGUAUCUCUGCUCCGCGAGUAGAGAGCUUGUUGGAGAGGUGGACGAGUCUGCCUCAAUUCGACAAUCGCAUUCGUGAUGCGGAACGAGAAAUCCGAAUGCAGCAGAGGGAGAGCCAACAACCUACAGUCGAAUCUGAUAGUGACGAAGAGCAUCAUCAUCGUAAGAGUAAGAGUAAGAGACAUCAGAGACCAGACUAUGUUCAGCCAUUAUUCAGUGACACGGCCACAACACCGAUUCCGGUAGCAGAGUCGCGACCCAAGCCAGCUGUCCCCGUAUCGCAUACUUCCUCACCAAGGACUUCACCAAGGUCAUCGCGCAACAACUUUCCUGUACCAAAUGCCGAGCAAUACACACCCAAUUCAGCUAGAUCCAGCGUGUCAGGCCUCCCCGUCGAAGCCGCAGCUGCAAUCGAGGCCAACGAAGAGAACUCCGACGUCGACCUCGAGAUCCCAUGGACAUUAUGCACACGCAAGUAUUACUGGAAGUACAUCGACGCCAAGAUGAUCAGUUCAAAUACCGAUUUACCACCAUCGACCGCGUUAUCCUCGCGUCACCCCUGGACCGAAAUAAUGGCAAGCUGGGUGUGCAAGGAAGCAAUCCGCGAAGCCGGCUAUAGAGUCACACAGGUGCAAAAGGAGCGGCGCGAAGGAAAGCGCACGAAACUUGAACCAUGUUUUUGUAUCGAGCAACCCUUGAAAUUUGAGCACGUCAUGCAACUCGUCGAACGCACCGUCGAAAUCUACAGAAGCACACAGGAGCCACAGCCACAGUUACAGUCACGCCCUACUCCCAUUCGGAACACGACCCACCCACCACUACCAUCAUCCUCUGUCGACCGACCCCCGCCGCCGCCGCCACCUCCUAACGCACAACGAACCAGCGAGAUCGACCGCGACCGCACACCUCGACCCCACGCCCAGCUCGAACGCUCCACAACUUCCAUACCCUACGCAUCCUUCCCGCCGCCCCCACCACUAGACCGCUCGCUAUCCACACCCGGCUCAAAACCUUUCCCCCCUCCUCCCCCUCCCCCCACAAACGAACAAAACCCCUAUCUCCUCCCAGCAGGCUCCUACCCGCCCCAUCGUCCCCAGCCCGCCUCAACCCCCCAGCAACCCGCCUACCCGCCCCCUCCGCACCGCCAAACUUUCCCCCAGUACCCAAACCCCGUGCCCCAGUCCCCGCUGCGCCAGUCGUACAUGAACACCCACCCCAGCAGCAGAUACGACACAGAUCUCACGACGUCCGAGUCUGAUAGCGGGGAGCGCGAGCGCGCGAGGAGGCGCAGGUCAAGGUCGAGGUCGAGAUCGAGGAGACGCACGCUGGGCCGGAAGAAGAGGACGAUGCAGGCGUUGAUGGGGGUUGGGGGGUUGACGGCACUGUUGAAUGGGUUGGGGGAUCUUUAA